CUUGUUUUAGCCAGCGCCUUUAGAUAGCUAUUACCUGAGGGUAACCGGACAUCUUUUGAGGAGCGUUAGCUGCAUUCUGGCUAGCUUGACAUUAGCUAUCUUGAAGAUAGGGAAGUUUAUCAUUACGUUUCUGGACCAAACCCCAACUUCUUUGACUUUUGGUAACUGUCAUCAGACAGCAGGAGAAGUGGAAGCACAGCAGAGACUACACAGUAGCUGGACACCAAUUGACACUGUGUGGGGAGGAUGUCUUCACCAAUAUUCUUCAACCAAGACAGUUUUAUUCGCUUCAAGAAAAGAAAAGCUCGCUUCUCUUUCAGUGAAGUCCACAUACUGCUGGACGAAGUGAGGAAGCAUCGUAUGGUUGUUGUGGGCAAAUUCAAUCGUGGUGUACCAACAGACAUAAAGAAGCGCACAUGGGCAGAGAUUACUGCCCGUGUGAAUGAGAUCGGGGAGUGCCAACGUGAGAUCAUCGAGGUCAUCAAGAAAUGGUCCGAUCUAAAAUGUGACACGAAGCGGAAAGUGGGUGCCAUGCGGUCAGGGAUAGUGCCCAACAGAGGCCUCAACUCUCGACUCUCCCGAGACCUUAAUCAGACGGAAAAAAUAGUGCUCCAGAUUCUGGAGAUGGACGAGGCAGACCAGAGCUCCGGGGACUUUGGCCCUCUGGGAGAUGACGAUGUGCCAGAGGAGGAAGAAGAAAUGGAAGAGGAGGACAUUAUUGGAAUGCAGAGUUCUCCUAAUGGCGGGUUGGACGGGGCAUCUAUGCCCCCACCAAUGUCCUACACAAUGAAGGACUCUUCACAAACUGCCUAUGAUGUGCAGUAUGAGAUUCCUGCAACAGAAGAUGUUGACGCUGCAUUAGGAGACUCAGAUGACGACCAAAGGGAAGAUAUGCUUCCUUCCACAAAACCAACAGAGAUUCACCAAGGAAACAAUGGCAUCCAAAAACAAGGACCACCUCCGACAUCGUCUUCCGGCCCAGCAGCAGCAGCAGCAGCAGCAGCAGCAGCAGCAGCAGCAGCAGCAGCAACAACCCCUACGCUUCCACUGCCAGGUCAGCCCUCGCAGAACAUGAGAGACAACAUGCUACACAAUGCAUCACUGAGCCUUGAAGAGCAGCAUGCCACCAACAUCCUGCUGGAGACGGUUUCACGCUCCCUGGAGCUUCUGUCCGAGUCGGUGCAGCAGCUGGCAGAGACUCAGCAGGAGUUUGUGCGUGAGUCGCUGCAGCUCCAGAGGGAGACGGUACAGGUUCUCAGAGACUUUACAGGCGGAGCUAUUUCUCUUAUGCAUGACAAACUGAAUGGACGGCCAGCAUUAUAGCAAAAAAGUUUUAAACAGAGAUGUUGUUGUAUGACUACAUACAUGGCCUUCAGGUGCAGGAACAUUUGAGUUCCUCUGGACUCCACCGCUGGUUGCUGUACUUUUUGAUAGUACUCAACAGGUUCUUUGUUGUAAGUUUUAAAAAUUGUAUUAUUAGAAACAUUUUAUUGAUGGAAUUACUGUCUGUGGGGUUACAUUGUACAUCGAUAAAGAAAGAAGAUUUUAGUUUCCCCUUUUGCUACUGAGCAAGCCUACACCACAUUUAAAGCCUCGAUAUGCUUUAGCAAUGACUUGCAAAGAUCUUUUAAUUUUGUUUUAUGUUAUUGGAUAAGUUGUAGUUGCAUCAAUGUCUGGAGAUGAUCACAGGAACUGUAAUGGUCAGUGGAUUUCCGCACCUGACCAUUAUAUGGUCUGUAUGUCUGAAAGCUUAACAAGGUGUUAGAUAUUUUUUAAAUACAUGGAACUGAAUAAGUUG